GCCGGCGGUCGGCCCUCCAAUCUCGGCGGCGGCGGCGGCGGCUGCAGGGGGAGCCCGCGUUCCGCCGCCGGCAAGUCGGUCGCGUGAGGGGAGGCGCCGAGAGGAGGGCUGGGGGAGGAAGAUGCCGAGUACGGACCUUCUGAUGUUGAAGGCUUUUGAGCCCUACUUUGAGAUUUUGGAAGUCUAUUGCACAAAGGCCAAGAAUUAUGUAAACGGACAUUGCACCAAGUAUGAGCCCUGGCAGCUCAUUGCCUGGAGUGUCCUGUGCACCCUGCUCGUAGUCUGGGCCUACGAUUUUGUCUUCCAGCCAGAGAGUUUGUGGUCGAGGUUCAAAAAGAGAUGUUUUAAGCUCGUCAGGAAGAUGCCUAUUAUCGGUCGCAAGAUCCAAGAGAAGGUGAACAAGACCAAGGAUGAUAUAAGCAAGAACAUGUCAUUCCUGAAAGUGGACAAAGAGUAUGUAAGAGCUCUGCCCUCGCAAGGUCUGAGCGCGGCUGCAGUCCUGGAGAAGCUCAAGGAGUACAGCUCUAUGGACAUCUUCUGGCAGGAAGGGAAAGCCUCUGGAGCAGUGUACAGUGGGGCAGAGGAGCUCACCGAACUCCUGGUGAAGGCUUACGGAGAUUUUGCAUGGAGUAAUCCACUGCAUCCAGACAUCUUCCCGGGACUGCGCAAGAUCGAGGCCGAGAUUGUGAGGAUAGCUUGUUCCCUGUUCAAUGGGGGGCCGGAUUCCUGUGGCUGUGUGACCUCUGGGGGGACAGAAAGCAUACUGAUGGCCUGCAAAGCUUACAGGGACCUGGCCUUUGAGAACGGGAUCAAAACUCCAGAAAUUGUGGCCCCCCAAAGUGCCCAUGCUGCAUUUGACAAAGCAGCCAAUUAUUUUGGGAUGAAGAUUAUACGGGUUCCGCUGAACAAAAUGAUGGAGGUGGAUGUUCGGGCAAUGAGGAGAGCCAUCUCCAGGAACACGGCCAUGCUUGUCUGUUCUACACCCCAGUUUCCUCAUGGUGUCAUUGAUCCUGUCCCUGAAGUGGCCAAGCUGGCUGUCAGAUACAAAAUACCUCUUCAUGUAGACGCUUGUCUGGGGGGCUUCCUCAUCGUCUUCAUGGAGAAGGCAGGAUACCCGUUGGAGCAGCCUUUUGAUUUCCGGGUGAAAGGUGUGACCAGCAUUUCAGUGGAUACCCACAAGUAUGGCUACGCCCCCAAAGGCUCUUCUGUGCUGCUCUACAGUGACAAGAAGUAUAGGAGCCAUCAGUUCUUCGUGGCAACAGACUGGCAGGGUGGCAUCUACGCGUCCCCGACCAUCGCAGGCUCCCGGCCCGGAGGCAUUAGCGCGGCCUGUUGGGCUGCCCUGAUGCACUUCGGUGAGAGCGGCUAUGUUGAGGCCACCAAACAGAUCAUCAAAACUACUCGCUUCCUCAAGUCAGAACUGGAAAACGUCAAAGGCAUCUUUGUUUUUGGGAAUCCCCAGUUGUCAGUCAUUGCUCUGGGCUCCCGAGAUUUUGACAUCUACCGGCUGUUCAACCUGAUGACUGCUAAGGGCUGGAAUCUGAACCAGCUGCAGUUCCCGCCCAGUAUUCAUUUCUGCAUUACGCUAGUACACACCCGGAAGCGUGUAGCCGUACAGUUCCUAAGGGACAUCCGGGAGUCUGUCACUCAAAUCAUGAAGAAUCCUAAAGCAAAGACCACAGGAAUGGGUGCGAUCUACGGCAUGGCCCAGACGACCGUUGACAGGAACCUGGUCGCAGAAUUGUCCUCAGUCUUCUUGGACAGCCUUUUCAGCACUGACACUGUAACUCAGAGCAGCCAGAUGAAUGGUUCUCCGAAGCCGCGCUGAGCCUGGACCCUCUGGCCCUGAGGGGCUCCUGGCCUCCAGACGUGCUCGGGGUGUGGAACGGGCCAUGCGCAGGGUCAGCAUCUGGUCUUGCUCCGUGGAGCACGACGAGACAGACCGUGAGACAGCUUGAUCCUCGGGAUUCUUGUUCCUCCUCUUGUCCUCCUCCUGUGGUCUUUAUGUGGAGACCCUGAAGGAGUCUAUUACAUAAUUAUUUUGCCCUUGUUCUCAGAUGUUGCCCUAGGAAUUGUUUUAGCUAUUUCCCUCUCUAACCUUCUAGCUUUCAACCUCACUUAAUCAUUGUGCUGCGGCUCUGACCUGAGUCCUUACAGAGGCUGGGGUGGUUUACGUGAUAAAGAAGCUUCUCUGUUCUCUCAGGCAGACUGGCAAGGCAGAUCGGAAGAUGUUUUCCCGGGUGGGAGUUAGGUGCCCUCUAAGCGUGAGGCCUUCUCCGCCUCCUCUCUGGGUAGGGAGUUGUCUGUCUCGGAAAGUCACUGGUAGUGCGGCUCAGUUUCUUUU